AUGGGAUCUCUCCCCGGGAUCUCUCUCCCGGGGAGGCCGCACAGCUCCCCUCUGCACAGUGACGUCCCUCCCUUCACAUCACCAGCCAACGUGUUUAUCCAUAUCCGCCUGCACCUGUGCGUAGAGAGCGCUGUGCUACCCACCUUAACAAACCAGCCAACACCAGUACAGCAAUGGACCGCGUCAACAAGCCCCCUUCCAAAAACGUUUCUGCAAAGUGCAGGCGCCGAGGAUUUGGACGCUUUAGGCGCGUGCCAACGAGAGAGCGCCCGCUGGAGCCCGACGUGGAAUCAAAGACCGGAUUUUUGGAGUGUGCUCCAAUACCUAGUCCGAUACACGUCGCAAGGAGCCACCGCCUAUUUCCAGGAUCUAAACCCCGGCAAAAUGUGGCGACAAAACACCGUGUGGUCAUCGCAAAAAAGUGCCGCAAAAAAGUCAUCAAUGCAUGCUGCGUCACCCAUCCAAACCUACGUCCGACAUGCGGAAACGCUCAUGCACACGGAGCCCUAUAACCCGUCUCAAUAA